AUGGGACAACACUGGAAAACAGAACAGAAGCUUUGGAAUGUUCCACAACUUCCUCGCAUUCAAGUUCCUCCCUCCAUCUCUGACACUUCCUUACUAAAGAACCUCAGCCGAGGGCAACAGCGGUGUCUUUAUAGCGUUAUGAGGAUUUACAACUCCAGGUCGCAGUGGGAGGCCCUGCAGACCCGGUACAUUCACAGUUUUCAGCACCAACAGCUGCUUGGCUAUAUUACUCAACAGGAAGCUUUGUCUUACGCUCUUGUACUUACAGAUUCAACCAAGAGAGCUUCAGCCAAGGUAGUUCCUCAAAGAACCAUUCCCCGGAAAUCUUCCACCAUGAUAAGAAAACGUCCGUCAGUACUACCUGUAUCUGUGGUUUUACCUAAGGCCCAAAGUAAAAGGUGCCGAACACUCAGGAACUGAGAUUUGGCAGCAUUUUCAGAAACAGGAAGUUUGCCCAUGUUCCUGUUUCCCUGUAUCUAGUGGGUGCUUAGUACAUAUUUGUUGAAUGACAGUGAAUAAUUUCUAAUAUAAACUCAGACCUAAAAAUAAUCUCUGAUUCACAUAAAUUUCGCCAGCAAUAUCAAGUUAAGAGUUUUAAGAGCAAUGGAGCUGAGAGUACGCAAGCGUUUCCACAUAACGUCCGUAGAGUACAAAGACUUUUAAAGCUUUCAAAGUAAAAGUUUCCAUUGAAUUAGAACCUCCCAGGGAAGUCCCCAAAACAGUGAAAAGGGACAAGUAACCAGAAGAGACCAGGUCCUCUGUCACUGGGUGACCACUCCUUGCAAACUACCCUGUGUACGUACUGAAAAUAUACAAAAUAACACGGGGUUAACACUUAUCUAGAGGGCUUUCAAAACCAUAUCAUCUCAGCAACAACCGGCCUGUGCAUUUCCUUCCUCUCCUCUUCCCCAUCACACAAUGGCAUUUAAUUUGGCCCCAAAGCUCUUCUAGCUCUCACCUGGCUUGAUCACUCUCUGUCAUCUGGAAACUUGCACUUAUCAUCUACCAAAGCUGAAUCGAUUUUAUGCAGCUGUAACUGGCCUUGACAUG